GAACGCCUUCGAUAUAGCGUCACCCUUAGUGGGAACUAACACCGAAGUACGAGUUUGGCUGCCAUGUUUGUUCCGCGAUCUGUAACUAGAAGGGUAGAUUACCACCUUUCACAUAAGUCAAACCCCAUCUCCACUGAAAAUUCAAACUUAAGAAAAAUAGAGAUAAUUGAUGAACGGAAAUCGGUUACGAACCCAAGUCCAAUACCCGUGAAAAGUGAUGAUUCAGGAGCCUUUACAGACCCUUUCGCGUUCUACCUAAAAGAAACUUUCGCCGAAGAUAUUAGCAAAGAUGAUAUGGACAAAGAAGAAGGUGAAAAAGAAGAAAAAGUGAUUUCAUAUAGUAAAAAUCAGAGGUGGCCAACACUUGGAGAACCGGUGUGCGUGAUUUGUGGGCGAUAUGGAGCCUACAUUGUGGACCAAACAGACGGAGACGUCUGCAGUUUGGAAUGCAAAGCAAGACACUUAAAUUGCACAUCGGCAAAGAAAGAUGAAGAGUUGUUGGACAGCACGGCUGAAAGCGGAGGGGCAUUGAGAAUGAAAGCUUUCUCAAACAAGUUACAACUUCAAUACAACGAAAAUCCGGUCAUAGCAAAGUUAUCAGUGAGCAAGGUUGAUGAUAUUCGAGAGGCUCUAAACAUUAGGGUGAGGGGGAAUAAUGUAAGCAAACCUAUUCUAGAAUUUAAGCAUUGCCAACUGACUGAAACUCUAGAAAGUAACUUGGUUCGCUGUGGAUACGCUACUCCAACUCCAGUUCAAAUGCAAGUUAUCCCGGUGAGCCUUUGUUCCCGAGACUUAUUGGUCUGUGCACACACUGGUUCAGGAAAGACAGCAGCAUUUUUAGUACCAAUUAUUCAGAGGAUAUACGCAGAAGUUGGUGAGUUAGUUGAAUAAAAGAUAGAUGUUUUGGAGAAUUUCCUUUAACUCUAUGAUCUACUUAGCUUGUAUUUAUGCAAUGAACGAUAUCUGCAGAAAGUCUUCAGUCGCCAGUUGUUUUCCAAUAUGUAUAUUGGAAAACAUAAUAUGUUUUCCAAUAAUAUAUAAUAUACAAUAUGUAUAUUACAGUAUUUCAGGAUGAUCUGUGCUCAGGUUUAGUUUUUCGGAGGAGAAUUAUAACCAUAUCUCUAUGUAGUUCUUUUUUGGAUGAACAGUUUAAUUUAUGCAUAUUUGCAGCACAUUGACCCAUGAUCAAUGAUUACUCAAAGGUGGACUGAAAAUGAUUGAUGAUGCAAUUUUCAACAAAUCACUGCAAGCCACCUGGAUCAAAAUAUAUCUGAUGCAGAAACUGUUAUUAGGAAAUGGAAAACCAUCAUCAAUUUCAAACUUGGAAAAUAUGGAGGCAACCCUGUUUUAAAAAACAGCAUUGCCUCCCUAUGUUUCCAAGCUCUAAAUUAAAGAUGGUAAAGGAUGGUUAGGUCUUAACAAACAAGUCUGUUAACAUAACAAGUAAAGAAAAAGAAAUCAUAGAAAUAUGGUCAGAGACUUUCACUGAAGGAACAAUAAUAUUUUAUGCCCAUUUUCUGGUGUAACCUCUUUGGUAAAACUCAUUGAUAAGAAUAAACAGUGCAACAGCAUUGUAUAAAUGAUGGCAAGAUUAUUUAACACAAGUAAAACAUUGAAUGGGUGAUUCUCGUAACUAUUUCCCUUGUCAAUUCCAUUAUGAAUAUGAACUUUUGAGUUGAUGGUAAUUUUAUUUUGAAUAGUCUCUGCAGUAAAAUGUUUGCAAUGACAUAUUCCAAGGAGACAACUAACAAUGAGAAUAUCCUAAAAACAAUUUUAAAAAGCCAAAAAUCUUCAAGAGUUUUAUACUAAAAACUAUUAUUGGAUGAAGGCAAACAACCAACAGUAUGUCAAAUCCCAUGGUUAUUUGAGUGUAAAUGGGAAAGAGCUAAAAUGUCCUAAGGUGUGAGACAAGAUUUUGGACCAAAUCUCCUUCCACACCUGCGGGUUGCCAGUGGGUUGACCCUUGGGGAUGGUGGCUGAUACCCUUUUUAAUUUCAGUAGCUGAAGGUGUGAUGAAGAGCACAACUCUAAAUGCAUGUUGUCCCAAAGAGAUAAUGCUUCUUACUUGUUGUCUUACACUGAAUAGAAGGUGUAUGAAAUGCAUCAACCCUUGAGUUGGAUUGUUUGUAGUUUUGCAAUGGUCAAGAUAAUGAGAGUACUCAAACCUUCACAUGUUUUUGAAUAAAAAAAAUCCAAAUAUGCAUUUAGUUGAUGUUACUCAAGAUUAACUCCAUCAUUUUCAGUAAAUCUGAAUGUUGAGCAUAGAAUUACUAUGAGAUCAAACUUUUCUUUUGAGAGGUCACUCAGUUGAUUAAGUAAGUAGUUUUGUUCUCCAGAUGAAUCAAAGGGGUAAGUUUCUAAAAAACUAUGGUGCUGUAUCGGUGGGAGAGUACAGGGUAAUUGAGUGUUAUCAACAGAGUUGAUAUUGUAAAUUGGCCACCUUUAUUAGAGGACUUUACUACAGAGUUUGGCACACCUAUGAUCAGUGCAUUGACAGGAGUUUUUUCGUGAUUCUUUUUGUACAUCUUUUUAACUACCAAAAAAAAACUUUUUUUAAACUCUAUCAAUAUCUGUUGAUGGCUUCAAAGCUUCAAGUCUAUAUUUUAUUGACCUCCACACCCACAUCCAAAUAUGUUUCAAGGGAAAUUGGAAAUCAUAAAGUUAUUUUAUGACAUUUUUGUUAGCACUAAGGAACUACCACAUUACAUUGUGAAAAUGGUAUUUCUUUAGACAUAAUGAAUUAUUGUGUUCCAAGUGAAUAACUUGAUUUUCCUUGCAAGGUUAUACUCAUUUUGUCCAUCAUGUUUGCUUCUAUCUACAAACUGGUGCAACCUUCAUAAAUAAGUUCCCUCUUGUUGUCUGAAACUGAUGAAGCUAAGAACUUAUUAUUUUAUUUAAAAGUUCCUUACUAGUAUUUAAAAUGUCUGUAUUGCCUUUUGGCUUCUUUCUCUGCAAUUUUGUUGCAGUUCAAUUGGAAGGAUCAUUUUGUUACUUGCUAUCCUCUGCUGGUCAAAACAUGAUUCAUUUAAUUAAUUAAAUUAAGGGUUAGAUACUUCUUGUUUAUGAUUCAGUGACAAAUAAUGUACCUUGCACUGAGGAAUUUAAAAUUCUUCAUUUUGUGAUGUGCUGCACUCUUGCAGUAUUUAAAUUUUGUGUACAUGUAUGUCCUACAGGUGGCACAUGCAUUUAAUGGCUCUUAAUUCCCUCACAUCAGUACCCUAACCCUUAAUUUUUGUUGUUGACCUUAAGUAUUGUUUGAAGUGACAAUGGGCUUCAACAUGUUACUUUCUUUUUUCAGAGUUUUUGUUCAAUGCAAAAAGAUUGUCGAACAAUCCUUUUGGUGUGAUAAUGUCUCCAACAAGAGAGCUUUGCAUGCAAAUAGAGAAGCAAGCAAAGGAACUGAUGCAGGGCCUACCAAACAUGAAAACAGCAUUACUGGUUGGUGGAAUGCCAAUUCCUCCACAGCUUCAUCGUCUUUCUUCAGGUGUACAGAUUAUUGUGGCUACCCCAGGAAGGAUGAGGGAAAUAGUUAACACAGAUUCUAGUGUUGAUCUUUCUUCUGUCAAGGUUUUUGUCCUGGAUGAGGUGGACAUUAUGUUGCAAAUGGGAUUUGAGCAACAGGUACUAUUUACCACAAACUUCACUGUAGAAUCAAAUUCUCUUUCCACUGAUGAAGUGACAAAGGACUAAGCCCAAAAUGUCCAGAAACAUUGAAUUAUUAAGGUACAUGUACUCUACACAAAAAUUUCAAAACCAAAGUGCCUUAGUACAUAAAAGUUUUCCCACUCACCAACAAAACAAUUAGCUAUUUUCAACUGUUGGAUCUUUAGAGCCCCUUCCCCUCCCCUUGGUUAAGGAUGAAUGUGGUUUCAGUUGCUGCAUGCACAACAUCCAUGGUCAUUGUAAUUAUCAUGUGAAGUAUGAUAUGUAAAAUUGAUUAAUUGAUGAUAAGUUAACACAUCAAACAAGAGAGGAAGUCCACAAGAAUGUGAGUGAUUAUACUUUCCCAAAAACUUAAUGCAAAGGUUGCUCACACAGAUGCUCCAAAUUGUUUGGUUGUUAUUGGAUAUGAUUGAGUCCUUCAGAAAAUUGCAUUUUAUGGGAUGUGCUUAGUCAAAAUUUACUACGUAUUUGGAGGAGGAGCAAAUGCAAGUUACAAAAAAGCAAUUUGUCAUGGUAGUUUUUUGUUACUUGUACCAAUUUUUGUUGUCUUUAACAUUUCAAUUAUAUCCUAGCUUAUUUCCUGUUGCUGUGUUGGUAAAGAUCUCACAAUAAUGAAUCUAUACUCCAGAGUAGCUCUUUACACAGCAUCAUUUCUCUUUUUUUUUUGUUCAUUUCUGGUAGGUUCAAGAAGUAAUUGACAAAUUGCCAGCAGAGAAGCAAACAUUAAUGUUCUCAGCAACAGUUUCAACUUCUAUUGAAAUUGUAGCUGACAAGCUGCUUGUCAAUCCAGUGUAUGUCUCUGUUGGUUCACCUAGUGAACCAAAUGCUUCAGUGAAACAGAUUGUGCUGUGGGUAGAGGAACAAUUGAAGAAAAAACACCUGUUUUCUCUUCUUCAAGACCCCAAGCACUUCAUGCCUCCUGUUGUCGUAUUUGUGAAUUCUAAGAUUGGAGCUGAUCUGCUAGCAGAGGCAAUACAAAAGGUGAUUUUGUUAUAGAAAAAAGAAACGUGUCAUUAUGCUUUUGUUUUUGUGUUAUUUGUCUCAUUCCUAUUUUUUUCCUUUCUCAAUGAUGAGUACCUAUUAUAAAGGCCAUGAAGUGACUUUAAAUUUAUCCCAUCACACAAAGAGAACUAGUUUUAGAAGUGUACUGUACUGAAAAGAUAACACCUAGUUUGUGUUGCAAAGUUCCCCAGCCCCUAUCUUUCUCAGAAAAAAUUGAAGAUUCCUGCUUAACUAAAAUAUUUUUUCCUCUGAAGAUUUGCAACAUUAGCUGCUUGUCAAUACAUGGAGACAAGUCACAGAAAGAAAGGAGUAAGAGAUUAGAGUUGUUUCUUGGUGGUGAAUGUCCUGUUCUUGUAUGCACUUCCCUGCUGGGAAGGGGAAUGGAUCUUCCCAAAGUUAGACAGGUGAGAAGUCAUGACCAUGCAGUUAAAAAUUUAUGUUUUCAGACUUUAUCUUAAAAAUGUCUCAGAAAAAAUGUUAGAGCCGUGCCACUCUGAAUUUUCCCAUCUCUCUGAAACAAUUAGCUUGUUACUAGAAAAGAGUCUUUUCCUGGAAACUCUUCCACAGUUUAAUUAUUGCCAGCGAGAUGGUACAUUCUUUUGCACAACAUUUACCAUGGGCUUCUUAAAUGUAGACAGAACUGAAUUUAGCAGUAUUAUAGACAAGUUCAUAUUGCAAUUUAUAGUAAAAUUCCUUUCAGGAACGUAGGGGUUUCACUGAUUACAGUGCAAGCAUGUGUAAUGACAUAAAUCACUUUACUGACUUUUCAGGUGAUUAACUUUGACAUGCCAUCCUCUAUUGAGGAAUAUGUUCAUCAAGUAGGACGAGCAAGCAGGUUAGGAUCCACUGGCUGGGCAUUAACGUUUGUCAACAAUACAAAUAAACUUAUUUUUUUGGACUUAGUGGAGACUUUACGGCCAUUAGGGGUUAAUUUCCCUGAUGAGCUUCUCAAUUCACCUUACUUUCAUCAACAAAAACAGCGUGACAAAGUAUUUUCUAGAAAACGAAAACAUAAGCAUACUGUAGUAACACAACAAAGUCUCAUGGAAUUGAUUAGUGAUCAUUCAAAAAGAAGAAGGAAGGUCCCUUAAUCCUUAGUGCAAGCGGUUGGAAGAAUCUUUUUCCUGUAAGAUUGAGAUGGAUGUGUGUAAUUUUACCUCGUAACUAAUAAACCUACCUACUCUUAUCUCAGAAAAAAAAAGUUUAGUUACUUGUCUUCCACAUUUGUAGCCGAAAAAUGUUGGUGCGUGCUUCCUUUAAACUUCGAAAAUGUCAGCCUCUGUCCUGAAUAGUGUUAGCGGUCUGUGACGGAAUGAUCGACCAAUCAUAGCGCGUGUAGCUCUAUAAUCACUUGUGUAAUUGUGCCUACUUCAAAUAAUCACCUUGAGUUGGCUAAAACCCUCUAUAGAUCUCAACACUAAGUUGGGAUUGGAGGCUAAAUCAGACUUUGAUAAAGAUUGCUUCAAAAUGAAGAACAACUCAGUAUUUAGGAAGACGAUGUAAAGCAUAUGUAUAGUAGUAGAUGAUGUAAGGCUGGUAAACAAUCGGAAGAAAGCUGAGAAGCUUACAAGCAAGGUUCGAUGAGAAUCUGAUUGAAGUAUACAUGAAAAAGACUAAAGGUUUCUUCGACAAGCCAUGCAGAAUGUCUUGGAAUCUGCAUUCUAGACCUGAGAAAAACGUUUAUGUUUGAUUUACAUUACAAUUAUAUGAAAGACAAGUAUGGAGAUAGAACAGAACUACUCUUCAUAGAUACGGACUUGUUAAUGUACAGAUAAAAACAGAAUGCUUUUACGCUG